GGUGCGGGCGCGGAUGCGAACGCGACGCUCACAUUCGUGGAAACGUAUAUAUAUGUAUAUAAUACAUAAUAGUAUUUUACUUAUUUAGUGUGAAGUAGUAUUUUGAGUGUAUUGGUGUGGCACUGCAAUGCGGCUUUGUUUUGAUAACUUUAAUCUGCCGGUGAAGAUAUAUUUUUAUUUUAUGGAUAAAAGCAAAUAUUAGAGUAUUUAGCAGUUAUAUAUUUACAAACAUAUUAAAGAAAUUAAUUGGUGAUGUGAAAGCGAAAGGUGUCUUUAUAAAAAGUGUAUUGUGUUAUUAAAACAAAAUCAAGAAUUACCUACUUAAAACAAGUGGAUUUAGUUUUCAUUAUCAAUGUCAAUAAUAUUAAAUUUAAUACAAACUAAACAAUCUAUGUCUGUGAUAUUAUUAUAGCAAGUUCAUGUUUUAAAUUACACUUCAUAUAAAUAUUAAACAUGACUGUAACUUAUACCGGCGAAGUUGCUACUUGUCGUGGAUUUGGAACUUUUUUAAAAGUUUUGUACAGAUGGCGGGGCAGUAUUUACAAAUUAGUAUGGCUGGAUUUAUUAGUAUUUUUACUAUCAUACUAUACACUUAAUUUAAUUUAUCGAUUGCUGUUAGAUGAAGGAUCUAAAAGGACAUUUGAAGGAGUGGUAAACUAUUGUAGUUUUCAUGGUAAUGUCAUUCCAUUGUCUUUCGUGCUCGGUUUCUAUGUAACUGUUGUCAUGAAUCGAUGGUGGAACCAAUACACGACCAUACCAUGGCCAGAUUCGAUCGCUGUCUUUGUAUCUGCAAGUAUACACGGACAGGACGAGCGGGGGCGACUUAUGCGUCGUACGAUCGUACGCUAUGUGUGCGUUUGCCUUACAAUGGUGCUAACUAUGAUCUCUCCUCGAGUGAAAAAACGCUUUCCAACCCUCAACAAUUUAGUGGAGGCGGGGCUUCUACUCGAAAAUGAAAAGACAAUUUUAGAUAAUCUAAAUGAUAAGUUUCCAAAGCCUUCUAAACAUUGGAUGCCUAUAGUGUGGGCUACCAGUAUAGUGACGAGAGCCCGCAAAGAGGGCAGAAUAAGAGAUGACUUUGCCGUUAAAACUAUAAUUGAUGAAUUAAAUAAAUUCAGGGGCCAAGCAGGACUUUUGCUUAGUUACGAUACUAUCAGCGUGCCUUUAGUUUAUACACAGGUAGUUACAAUAGCUGUUUAUUCAUAUUUUAUAACAUCUGCGUUGGGUAGCCAGUGGGUUGAUAAUAAACUGCAGUCGCACACCUCGUCAGUCUAUAUUAGCAACAUAGACCUUUAUUUUCCUAUAUUCACAACACUAGAAUUCUUCUUCUACAUGGGCUGGUUGAAAGUCGCCGAGUCUCUGAUAAAUCCAUUUGGCGAGGACGACGAUGAUUUCGAAGUUAAUUGGAUCAUAGACAGAGAUUUACAGGUAUCCUAUAUGAUCGUCGACGAAAUGCACCACGAACAUCCCGAACUGAUCAAGGACCAGUACUGGGACGAAGUGUUCCCAUCCGAGUUGCCAUACACGAUAGCGACGGAAAACCAGAGGGAGGAGCAUCCGGAACCGUCCACGGCGCGCGUGGCCGUCCCGCCGCGGCAGCGCAGCAUGGUCACCGUCGCGCCCUCCAGUGUGAAAAUCGAUGAAAUGAUACCUUCCAACACCGUGAGUUACAAGUUCGCCCCGCCCGAGCAAUUACAAAUGAACGAUGACGCGCAGUCUGGCAUACAUUUUAUCGUGUCUAGAGGAAGUAAGCGUGGAAAGAAAGAUGACAGAAAUUCGAUGGGGUCCUCUAAUUCCAUGGUGUCGUUGCAACAAACGCCAAUGACUCGAGCUAAUUCCGUCACCUCCAUGUUGAAACGACUGUUCUCGAAGGACGACCAGAGGCAACAAUCGGCCACUUCAGCUGUUACUCAAACAGAUAGCAGCGGUAACCGUUUCAUGAUAUCGGCCAGUAACCCGACAUUGAACAAGCCCGCAACAGCGGGCGGCGGUAGUAUGAAAAUCGCAAACGAGGUCAUCGAAGAGGUCGACGAGCAAGCCACCAUCACCAGUAUGGGGAAACGACCGGAUAACAGACCAACCGUAAUGAGCUUGUUCGCGCAAGGUCCGCCGACGCCAAGCGAUCCAGUUAAUGUUCCUUCAAGAAAUUCCAACCAUAGUAACGCUAAGGAGAGCCGCCUGUCGACGUCGGCGCCGGCGCAGUGGGCGCGCGCGGGCGACGCGGCCGACCUGAGCCCCGCCGCCAAGUCGCUCGGCACGCAGCCCUCGUUCCCCAACAUGCAGCGCCCGCGCCUCGACAGCGACGUGGGGCCCUCGCUCAGCGCCGCCGGCAGCCAGACCUUGUUGGAUGAAGUGGACGGCGGGGAUGAUCCGGAUAUCGACGACUUCGAUCGCCUUCGAAGUAUUCGAGAGCAACAUCGACGGGAAAAGUAUUUACAAAAACUCAUGGCUCGCUCCGUGAGCGCACAACAGCCUUCUGGAAGCGUAGAAUUAUUAGACAACGAAUUAUUGUUAGAAGAACUUAUAAAACAAUCGAAACAAGCGAAGAGUGAAGAAGAUUCCAAACAAGAGACAACUUGACACAGCCUUAUUUUCUUUUAAGGGUUGAAUUGAACAUUGCUGUAUAGUCAGUAUUAAAUAUUGUGAUACUUAUAUUUAUUAUCAUAAGUACAGCUUGGCGAAUCAUGUAACAUUAAAUGUUAUAUACUGUAUAUAGAUAUUAAC